AUGUGGGAAGAUGAUAGCAACGUAAAAGGAGGUCGUUGGCUCGUAGUUGUGGACAAGCAGAUCAAAAGUGCUGUUGGAACAUCUUGCUUGUUCGGUUCUGUUUCUCUUUCUGGUAGUCUAGUUGAGCAUCUCCAUGCCCAUCGUCGUGCACAACUUUUGGACCAUUAUUGGUUGGAGCUUUUAAUGGCCAUUAUCGGAGAGCAAUUUGAGGAUCUUGGGGAGUACAUCUGCGGAGCUGUGGUUAAUGUAAGGCAAAAAGGAGAUAAGGGAAGCUGCAACUCCAGUUCUUCCAUCAAGCUGAUAACUUUGACAAAAUUAGCAAUAUUGUCAUGUCGCUUCAAGCUAUAUACAUUUUUUACCCAGGUUUCCUUGUGGACUCGUGAUGCUACCCGCGAUGAUGUGAACACCCGCAUUGGACUUGUGCUUAAAGCAAAGUUGGAUAUUCCCGACUCGGAACCGCUAAGGUAUGAGGUGCACAAAGAUUCCUCCGUUCGCACUUCAUCGAUGGUGAAGCCACGAAUCAUGAUUCCGAAUAAGGAAGCUGCUGCAACAGCAGCUCGCUAA